CUUCCUCGCCAUUGACUUAGCCAGAUACGGGACGGUGUGCUUCAUGGCGGUGGCGGUUUCUGCGACUCAGUUUUGAACACUAAAAGCUCUCCUAGUACGUUAUUUCUUCACGUGCACCCUACACCAGGACACCCCAGCGAAGAGCAGGCGCUAGAGCGUAUCUCUUGACUGUACUAUAUUUCCAAAGACAAUGGCAGAACCAUUUGGGUUCAAACCUCCUUAAGGGGGGGCACUGCACCACUGGAGUUCAUUUGAGCAAAGGGAGGCGAGGCUCUGACGAUGGAGAAUGGACAGAGCACUGCCUCGAAACUUGGCCUGCCGCCCCUCACCCCCGAACAGCAGGAGGCGCUGCAGAAGGCAAAAAAGUAUGCGAUGGAGCAGAGUAUCAAGAGUGUCCUGGUCAAGCAGCAGACACUCGCACACCAGCAGCAGCAGCAGCUCAACAAUCUCCAGAUCCCUAACUCCAUACAGAUGGCAUCGCUGACCAUGGCUGGCUUUGGAGAUGCUCUAUCUCCCUUACAAUCGGUGGCGGCUCAGAGGCAGCGGGCGCUGGCCAUCAUGUGCCGCGUGUACGUGGGCUCCAUCUACUACGAGCUCGGUGAGGACACCAUCAGACAAGCCUUCGCUCCCUUUGGGCCCAUCAAGAGCAUCGACAUGUCUUGGGACUCAGUCACUCUGAAACACAAGGGUUUUGCAUUUGUAGAAUAUGAAGUCCCAGAAGCAGCACAGCUGGCUUUAGAGCAGAUGAACUCGGUCAUGCUGGGAGGCAGGAACAUUAAAGUGGGACGGCCAAGCAACAUAGGUCAGGCUCAACCAAUCAUCGACCAGCUAGCGGAGGAAGCGCGCGCCUUCAACCGGAUCUACGUGGCGUCCGUGCACCCUGACCUAUCAGACGAGGACAUCAAGAGCGUGUUUGAGGCCUUUGGGAGGAUCAAGUCCUGCACACUGGCGCGGGACCCCACGACGGGAAAGCACAAGGGAUACGGUUUCAUAGAGUACGACAAGGCCCAGUCAGCGCAGGAUGCGGUCUCCUCCAUGAACCUGUUCGACCUGGGUGGGCAGUACCUGCGCGUGGGCAAGGCCGUGACCCCUCCCAUCCCAAUGCUGACGCCCACGGCGCCCGGAGGUCUUCCUCCCGCUGCUGCCGUUGCAGCCGCCGCCGCCACGGCCAAGAUCACCGCCCAGAUGGCAUGGAAUCUUUCCACUCCGGAGAAUCGGACAGAAGACUUCCUCAACUGUCUGGAAGCAGUCGCAGGCGCGUCCAUCCUAGGGGCGAUGACUGCAGGCUCUGUGAAUCUGCCCCAGCAGAUCGGCGCCCUGCCUCAGGCUGUCAUGGCCGCCCAGGCCCCAGGGGUCAUCACAGGUGUGACCCCGGCACGGCCGGUGCUGCCCCAGGUCGGCCUGGUGAACCCCGUGCUGGCCUCGCCACCUGUGCUCUCUGCCGCGGUGGCAGCAGCCCAGGAGGCCAAGGAGAAGAAGGACAAGGAGGAAGAAGAGGCUGCACAGGACAGCACGGGCCAGGAGAUGCUCAGUGAGCAGGAGCACAUGAGCAUCUCGGGCAGCAGUGCCAGACACAUGGUCAUGCAGAAACUUCUGAGGAAGCAGGAGUCGACCGUGAUGGUGCUCAGGAACAUGGUUGGCCCUGAGGACAUCGACGACGACCUAGAGGGAGAGGUGACGGAAGAAUGCGGCAAGUUCGGCGCCGUGAACAGGGUGAUCAUCUACCAGGAGAAGCAGGGCGAAGAAGAGGACGCUGAGGUCAUCGUCAAGAUCUUCGUGGAAUUCUCAGCAGCAUCCGAGAUGAACAAGGCCAUCCAGGCGCUCAAUAACCGCUGGUUUGGAGGUCGAAAGGUCGUUGCUGAGGUGUACGAUCAGGAGCGGUUCGACAACAGUGACCUCUCAGCAUAGACUUGAAAAUGCGUUCCUCAUGACCUUCCAUGACCUUCCUCUUGCUUCUGUCUCACACACUCACAGACACCGCUGCUGGCCCCCAUUCCCAGUGGUGCUGGCCUCUUUUUAACUUGUAAUUAUUUUUUAUCAAUGUUGAUAUUAAUGUUAUUAAUGAUCCCAUUUCGGGACAAAGGCAGGCAAAUGCUUAUGGAAUUUUUUUUU